CUGCACGACGUGUCCAGUGAAUUGAGAAAUUAGAACGUGUGAUUGAGAGAACCAAACAAAACGAAACCGGAGCCGAAGACAAUAAUUAUCUCUCGCCGAUCAGAAAGUUGAUCUUCGAAAUUCCGAUCGGUCACCGGUGAAAUCUGUGUAAAUUUUGUGGGAGGAAACAAUGACGUCAACUUUCAGCGGCGAUGAAACUGCGCCUUUCUUCGGUUUCCUCGGCGCCGCUGCAGCGCUCGUUUUCUCAUGUAUGGGAGCUGCUUAUGGAACGGCGAAGAGCGGUGUGGGAGUGGCGUCCAUGGGAGUAAUGAGGCCAGAGCUUGUGAUGAAGUCAAUUGUGCCGGUUGUUAUGGCUGGUGUGUUAGGUAUUUAUGGAUUGAUUAUUGCAGUCAUUAUCAGUACCGGGAUUAACCCCAAGACCAAAUCAUAUUACCUUUUUGAUGGAUAUGCACACCUUUCUUCUGGUCUGGCCUGUGGUCUCGCUGGCCUUUCCGCUGGAAUGGCUAUUGGAAUUGUUGGUGAUGCUGGUGUUAGAGCAAAUGCACAACAACCAAAACUCUUUGUUGGUAUGAUCUUAAUUCUUAUUUUUGCUGAGGCAUUGGCUUUGUAUGGACUGAUUGUCGGCAUCAUCCUUUCUUCCCGUGCUGGCCAAUCUAGAGCUGAAUAGAAGAAAAUAAUGUAUUUUCAGGUUUAUGAUGGAAUCUUUUUGCAUCAUUGUGCUAGCAGUUUGAUAACCGAUGCUAGUUGUUAAGUGCAUCUUCUCCUUUUCUGUCACACAUUGUGUGUUACACUGGUGAUUGUAGAUUUGGAAAUUUUCUUUUCCCUGUAUGCGACCAAGAGAACGUUCUCUCAAUUUUUCCGUUAGUGUAUUUUACAAUAAUGAGGAGCAUCUUGUUGCUUGAAUGCUGAUACAAUUGUAUUAUUGUUGUUGGAAUGUAUUGGUACACCUGAAUAUAUGAAAUGCACCUUGAUUAUUGCUAUAA